AUGACGGGCCAAACGGCCGAGGAGCGAGACCAGGAGAUCAUGCAGAACAAGAUCAUCAACGAGGAGUACAAGAUCUGGAAGAAGAACUCCGUCUUUCUCUACGACCUCAUGUACAGCCGCGCUCUCGACUGGCCCACCCUCACCACCCAGUGGCUGCCCGAUGUACAGGAUCAGCCUAACAAGGAAUAUCGACGCCAUCGCAUGCUCAUCGGCACUCACACCUCCGGCUCGCAAGUCGACUACCUGCAGAUCGCCCACAUGAACCUUCCCACACCCAAGGCCAUGAAGACAUCUGAUUACGAUUCUUCAAGAUCUGAGCUGGGUGGACAUGGCGCCGCCAAGGAGCCGAUCUCCUUUUCCGUCGUCCAGAGAAUCCCACAUCCUGGCGAAGUCAACAAGGCCAGAUACCAGCCACAGAACCCCGAUUUGGUUGCGACCUGGGCACCUAACAGCAAUCUCUACCUGUGGGAUCGAUCAAAGCACGGCUCAGUACCACCAAGAGACAACAUUCCUAAGCCGGACGCUACUCUGCAAGGCCACACCAAAGAGGGCUUUGCAGUCGAGUGGAACCCCUUCACUGAGGGUCAGCUCAUUUCUGGAGGUGAGGACACCACUGUGCGCCUGUGGGAUCUGCAACACGACUUCAGCAAAGACAAACCGAUCGUCUCAGCCGCCAAGGUCUUCACCCAUCACUCUGCCUACGUCAACGACGUCCAAUGGCAUCCUCAAUACGGCAAGAACUUCUUCGGUAGUGUGUCGGACGACCUCACCAUGUGCUUCGUGGACCUCCGCACCACAGACACCAGCCGUCCGGCAAUCCAGUUCGGCAGGGACUCUAAGAACGCCCACACCGAUGCCAUCAAUUCAUUGUCCUUCCACCCCAAGUAUGACAAGCUAUUCUGCACCGGUUCCGCAGAUAAGACGGUUGGCAUGUUCGACAUGCGGUUCCCCGAGCACGGCAAGAUCCUUAGCAUGGAAGGCCACAAGGACGUCAUCACCAAGGUCGAAUGGCACCCAACCGACUCUGGCAUCAUCGCCUCGUCCUCCAACGACCGCCGCAUCAUCUUCUGGGAUAUUGCUCGCUGUGGCGCUGAACAGACGCCCGAGGACGCAGAGGAUGGCCCACCCGAGAUGCUCUUCAUGCACGGCGGCCACACUAACCGUGUCAGCGACUUCUCCUGGAACAAGAACGACCCGUGGGUCAUGUGCUCGACCAGCGAAGACAAUCUCAUCCAAAUCUGGCGUGCUAGUCGUCGCCUGGUUGAGAGUGCACCGCCAGGUGUGAAGCGGAGGGAGGUCAGCGAGUAG